CCUGCACCUGUUCACACUUUACAAUUUCCAAUAAACAAGCUCCACCUUUUCUGUUUCCUCCCUACAAACAAGAAAAUAUUCUUCUUCACUUCCAUUCCAGCGAAGGUUAAGGGCGUUUCUUCUCUCUUCUGCUUUUAUAGCUUCUAAUACAGCGUAACCCAGUGAUUAACAGUUUGGUGUUGUUGGGAAAUGACGUCAGAUGGGGCGACUUCCACGUCUGCUGCUCGGAGAAAGCCGACCUGGAGGGAGAGAGAGAACAACAGGCGAAGAGAGAGGCGGAGAAGAGCUAUAGCAGCUAAAGUAUAUACUGGGUUAAGGGCUCAGGGUAAUUACAAUUUGCCCAAACACUGUGAUAAUAAUGAGGUCUUGAAAGCACUUUGUAUGGAGGCUGGUUGGGUCGUUGAAGAAGAUGGCACUACUUAUCGCAAAGGAAUGAAGCCACCCCCAAUUGAUAUAGCAAGCUCUUCAACCAGGAUAACCCCUUAUUCUUCCCAAAAUCCAAGUCCUCUGUCUUCAGCCUUUCAAAGCCCAGUUCCUUCUUAUCCAUCUAGCCCUACUCGCGCAGACCUGAACAAUUCCUCUAACCUUUUUCCACUCCUCCGAAAUGUAAUCCCUUCAUCGCUUCCUCCUCUCCGGAUCUCGAACAGUGCCCCUGUAACUCCACCUCUGUCAUCACCAACAAAACAUCCUAAACCAAUUCCCAACUGGGAUUCAAUUGCUAAAGAAUCCAUGUCAGCCUUCAAUUAUCCUUUCUAUGCUAUUUCUGCUCCGGCUAGUCCAAUGCAUCGUCAGUUGUAUGCCCCAGCAGCUACUAUACAUGAAUGCGACGAAUCUGAUACAUCCACUGUUGAUUCCGGUCACUGGAUAAGCUUUCAGAAAUUUGCAUCACGUGCAUCUGGGGUACCAACCUCUCCAACCUUUAACCUGGUGAGGCCUGUGGCUCAACAAGUUGUUACUGAUGAUGUGAUCAAGGAGAAGGGGCGAAAUCCAGAGUUUCAGUUUGAAAGUGCACCUGUGAAGCCGUGGGAAGGGGAGAAGAUUCAUGAGGUAGGAAUGGAUGAGCUGGACCUCACACUUGGAAUAGGAAAGACUCAGAGUUAAACCGAGUGAGGCAAGUGAAUGCCAUCUUAAAGGGACAAGGAGAAUGUGAUUUUCUAGUUGGUUCUUGGUUCAUGCAGCUGGAAAGUGGAAGGAGUGUUUACAGUGCUAUCAACCCAACCCACUCAAAAGAGAACGAGAUUCCGCACAGGAUGUUCAUCCACUGUUAUUGAAGUUUAUUUAUUUAUUUUGUUUUCUUCUUUUGUCAUUCGAUGCCGCAUUCCCUGUUGAGUUGUUCAGGGGACCAGACAUAUCAGAAGUGUUGCAUGUAGAUGUCGAUACUUUGGAAUGUUAUUGUCUUGGUUGAAAAGUUAUGUUGUUUGUAGAAUUUGGUAAACCUGAAUUUUUACGAAUCAAAAUGUAGAUGGCUUGCCCUUCUAA